CACAGAUAUGCUCAAUCGAUUCUCACAAAGAAUCGAAUCACGUCGGGAAUCAGCCAGAAGAAGUAGAAUUGCAAAUCUUGAAGGAAACUGUUUUGUACUAACGGGUGCUACAGGCGCUCUUGGUGCUCAUCUUUUGAUUCAGAUCUGUAACCUUCCUUCCGUGGAAAAGGUCAUCUGUCUCUGCAGGGCAAAAAGUCUAGAAGAAGCUGAACAGCGAGUAGAAGAAUCUUUGAGGAAGAGAAAGCUCGGUACAGAGAAAUCUUUGGCGGAUCUAGAAGUUUCUACAAAUACCAAGAUACUGUGUUUGGCUUCCGAUUUGAAUAAAACCGAUUUAGGCUUAAACCCAAAGCAAGGUUUCCUCGAUGAAAUUCUUAAUGAAGCAACUCACAUUGUUCAUAAUGCAUGGCCUGUCAAUUUUAGCAUGGGCAUUGCUGCUUUUGAAACGAGUCUCAAUGGAUUGAUCAAUUUGCUCAAUCUAUGUGCCUUCUCUUAUCGCCAAUCUCCACCCACUUUUACCUUUUGCUCUUCAAUCGCUUCCAUUGCGAAGAUUGAGCCCAAUUCUGAAACUAACAAGAUUAUGGAACGCAUCUCGAACGAUCCUAGGCACGCAUCACAUAUGGGCUAUGGACGUAGCAAAUGGAUUGCAGAAACACUUUGUGAAAAAGCAAGCAAGCGAAUCAAAGGACUUCGUUGUAUGAUUGCACGCAUUGGUCAACUUGCAUGUGAUACAAAUGCUGGAGUAUGGAACGAAAAAGAAGCUUGGCCAGCUUUGCUUAAAACAGCACAAAUUUUGGGAUGUUUGCCCGAUCUACGUUCUAAGCCGCUAAGAUGGCUCCCGAUCGAUACAGCGGCAUGUCUCAUUGUAGCAGCAACGAUGACUAUCUCGGACAGGAAUUAUUCUUUGAAGGAAAACAUUUUCAAGAUAGUGCAUGUUGUCAAUCCGCAUUCGACAGGUUGGAUCAACGUAAUCGAAGCGAUGCGACAAUCACGAAUAACUUUCAGAAUUGUUCCAUUGGAAACGUGGGUGAAAAUGCUUGCGAACGGUAAAGAGCAAGAUCCUUUCGUUAAUCCGGCUAUCAAAUUAUUGUCCUUCUACAAUAGCUGGACCGAAAAUACAGGAAAAGAAUCAGAAAUGGAUAUACGACGAUUGCAAGAUGUUCUGAAGGAAAGACCUGAUCUGAUGGAUCGAUUAAGACCAAUCAGUAUUGUCGUACUGAUGAAGACGAUUGAAGCUUGGAGGGCGAGUGGCUUUUUUGCGGAUCAAAGAGACUGAGAAUAUUGUUUAUUUCACACUAUUCUAGACGCUGUCAGUGUAUGAUUUAGUGAAUUGAUGAAUGAC